AUGAUGCGCGGACUUUUACUUGUUAAUAGCAAGAACCAAGUUACACUCGUUGAAGGCGAUGUUCAAUUUCGAGGGUAUUUGAAAUCGAUCUUGAAGAAGGAUUUUUGCCUAAAUGACUCGGCCUCGACCUCUUCUGGUGUAUACACCGAUUCAUCGUUUGAAGAGCUCCCAUCCCCGUCAACCAGUGAAAGCAGUCAAUGGCCAAAACGACAAUACCACGACCCAAGUGUCCUUAGCGAAAUCACACACCAUUUCCUGCCAAUCGUCUCGGUUUUCCGAACGGCCGAAUCGAUGCGAGACCCCUACCGAUCGAUGCAGUCCGGCUCGGCCACAAUCUUGUUUGAGACACUGAGUUGCGGCUUUUUAUUGCUGAUAAUCACAGAGGAAGAUGAGAACGUGGCUCGUGACUGGUUGAAGUUAUCAUCAGAAGCCCUACAGCUGCACUUUGGUCCACUGCUGGAAUCAUUUGACGCGGAUUUGUCGGUUUAUGACCAGGCGAUCUCCCAGCUUACCGCCACCCUACAUUCUCUGACUGGCCGGAUACCGCUCCAGAAAGAUCCACAUGGGCACCGCGCAGCUUCCUAUUUCGCACCCGAGACUCGUCGCAUGAUCCCACUCCUCAAAACGUUGACAGAACGCGUGAGCGACGCCAUCGGAACAAAUCGCGAUGGUCUUCCAUUCAGCUGCCUCCUCGUCGCACGUGGUCAUUUCCUAUGCUCCGUCAACUCCACGAGUGAUGAGAAAAAGAUUUGGAAACAUCUACAUCCAGAAGAUAUCCAGGCUCUCAAGCGUCAUCUUAACCUCCAUCCACUGACUGCCAAUACGCAGGUCAAUCAGUUAUGGCUACGCUCAAAGCAAUCGGAUACACCGUUUUAUGCCGACAUAAUGCGGUUCAAGGUGCUUGAGGAAGUGGAGAUCGUUUUUGUAUGCGCUGCUUCCGGCUGUGGUCUUAUCAGGAUGGGGGCGGAAGUGUUGACGCUGCUCGACGAGCUUAUUUAUGAGAACUCGAAUACAGUACAAAUAACUACAAUGCUCAAAAAACUGUGCGCUGGCUUGCUAGCGACAACAGCUCGAUCCCACUGCCGGACACCGACCGCAUUUUUGAGGAACCCUCCUAAAACCGCCGCAUUUAUUGAGAACGUUUGGGACCGAAUAGUCAACGAAAUCCAGAAUCUGAAUCCUGAAUCGCAACAGAGUACAGUCAGCGAGGCGAGGAAUAGGAGUCUCAGCUUGUUGUCGAUGAGAUCGGCGUUUUCAAUGCUGUCGAUGGGAUCAUCGUUAAACACUUUUUGUGGAAAAGAUAAGUUGCUGCCUGCAAAACUGGAAACCAUGAUCCGUUAUCUACGACGUCAAAUCCUGAGCUUAGUCCAAGAGUUAUGUAGCAGCGCCCAAGCAGAUGCAAUGUCCGAUCGCCUACCAACCGCUCACGCCGUCGUUGCCCGAAGCCUAACGAGAACACAUCUGAUGGCCAUCCACAAAUUAAAGCUGAACUCAGAAGACCGAUGGCAAGAGAUGAAGGACUAUCUGAAGCCGACAACGUGGCGUUUGAAUAUGCUUGCUUUUGAGAUGGUUGAUCUGAAGUCGGGCAUCACGCUGCCCUAUCUCCCUGAAAAUCUGCGAGGCAACUUUGACGUUUUCCCGGAGGGCCCUGCCAUCAUGGGAGCAAUUUUUGAGACUGCGGGACAAAAUUAUUAUGGAGUUCAGGCUGCUUUCUGUGAUGGAUCCGAAACAUCCUCCCGACCAAACUUUUUCGGAAGGAUAAAGGCAAAGAAGCAAGAGCCUGCUUUCCUCCUCAAGGUUCUUUUUGAUGGCUGCAUCCACAGGGACCUGGCCUUGCGACAAACUCAUGAGCUCGCCUUGAAGUUAAAAGAAGAUAUCUUCAAGCUACGUAAUAAUUUUUCU